AUGUUCUCUGUGUUAAUAACACUGUCACUUAUUUAUGAAUCUAGAAGCAACCCUGAUCCAUUUGUACCAAAAAUUUUCAAAGAGACUACGGAUUGGUUUACAUCGCUACGUUUGGACUAUAACGUGGAAUACUUAAAGAUGGCUAUAGGAAAAAUCGAGAGACAAGAAAAGGGCGCAGUUCUCGCUGCCUUAAAAAAAUUAACAGAUGGGAAACCAUUCUUGAAAGAAGUAUAUUCAUCGACACUUGAUGCCAUGGUGUACGAAGGUCUAGAUCAAUCAGAAGGGACAAUGUUCGACGAAAAGAUCGUUGUAUCAAAGAUGUCUUGCAUGCAUCCCGGAAAGAUGUCAAAAUAUAUGGAUCUGGUCAGAUUUGAUCUUACUCUCACCAUUAAUGCUCUCUUUGAAAUGGUAUCGCUAUUACAAAACCGUCGUUUGUUUAUGAAAACCUAUCUUGUGGGAAAGGACGUAUUGAGGGCUAGUGGAAUGCACUCUAGAUCUUUUAAAGACUACAUCAAAGACGAUGUGAGAAUAAUUGAUUAUACGCUGAACGGGAUUAAAAAUGUGCUUAAAAAUAACCAAUCGUUUGGAAGUACGCCCGAAAUUCUAAGCAAUCUGGAAGAUCUUGUCGAUCCUGCAAUGUCGAAACUAAUCAUGUAUGAAGUAAAAGAGACUGCGAACAAAUAUCGCUACAUCUACGAAACACAUCUCGACCUUGCACAUCAAUAUAAAGAAAAAAUCUUCGAGUCUCUUGCUUUCUUUGCACAUUUUUUAAAACAACUUUUUUAA